AUGGCAGCAUGCAAGGACGGGUUUAAACAGGCUUGUAGGCCUGUGAUAGGUGUUGAUGGCUGCUUUCUUAAGGGACGUUAUGGGGGGCAACUGUUGGCUACUGUUGGGAGAGAUCCGAAUGACAACAUUUAUCCCAUUGCAAUGCCUGUAGUUGAAGCUGAAACGAAGGAUAGUUGGAGUGUUGAUGGCUGCUUUCUUAAGGGACGUUAUGGGGGGCAACUGUUGGCUACUGUUGGGAGAGAUCCGAAUGACAACAUUUAUCCCAUUGCAAUGCCUGUAGUUGAAGCUGAAACGAAGGAUAGUUGGAGUUGGUUUCUAGAGACAUUGGUGGCUAACCUUGGUCCAAAUGGAUCUAAUGGGUGGACAUUCAUCUCAGACAGGCAGAAGUCUUCUUUGGAAGACACUCUUAAGGCAUUCAUUCAGCUUACAGGGCAAUCCAUCAAUGGUGUGAAGAAUGCUACCAUGAAGUUGCAAUUCCAUGAGGGAAGUUCAUCAAAUGCAGUGCAUGGGUUGGAGCAUGUGCAAGCCGUUGUCACACUUAGGUCAGGGAAACAAGUAGACAACCAAAUGGUUCACCCUAUGGAGAACCCUGCAGCACAAAAAGGACAAGGAAGCAGGAGCGUAGAGAAGAGAGAUGCCGAGCCAUCUACAUUAGCUCCAACCAUAGAGACUCCUCCUAGAAAAUUUGAGGACAUUCUGGAGGUGUUCAAGCAAGUACAGAUUAACAUCCCGUUUCUUGAUGCCAUCCAGCAGGUUCCGUCUUAUGCCAAAUUCUUGAAGGAUUUGGUAACUGUAAAGCGAAAAACCAAUGUCCCGAAAAAAGUUUGCUUGACCGAGCAAGUCAGCUCAAUCCUCCAGUGUAGGCUGCCUAUCAAGUAUAAGGACCCCGGAUGUCCUACUAUUUCCUGCACAAUAAGCAUCAGCCACAUUGAGAAGGCACUGCUAGAUCUUGGAGCCAAUGUCAAUCUCCUACCCUAUUCAGUUUACCUGCAAUUAAGGUUAGGAGAAUUGAAGCCCACCUCCAUGACACUGCAGUUGGCUGACCAGUCAGUUAAGAUACCACGGGGAAUAGUGGAGGAUGUUUUGAUUAAGGUGGACAAGUUUUAUUUUCCCGUGGAUUUUAUAGUGCUAGAUACUGAGCCGGUACAGAACGUUGGAGUUCAAAUACCGGUGAUCCUCGGGCGACCAUUCUUAGCUAUGGCUAACGCCCUGAUCAACUGCAGGACAGGGGUGAUGAAAAUCUCCUUCGGCAACAUGAUAGUAGAGCUGAACAUCUUUGACAUCAGCAAGAGGCCGAGGGAAAGCGAUGAGAUCGGAAGUGCCUGCUUGAUUGAGGAGAUUAUAGAGGAAGAAUCAAGCACCAAAGACCCCCUGGAGGCAUGCUUUGCUCAGUUCGGAGAGGAUCUGGACUUGGAUGCAUUACUUGAGCAAGCAAAUGUCGUUUUAGAGUUUGCUCCUCUGGAGAGCAAGGAAGAAGAGGAGGCAACAGUACCUGAGCCUCCUAAGAAGGAACUUAAGCCCCUGUCGGACAAUCUUAAGUAUAAGUUCCUAGGUCCAGCCGAGACUUUGCCUGUAAUCAUAGCUUCGGAUCUACAUGAUGCUCAAGAGGGUCAAAUGCCUUUGCAUUGGGGGCGGCAAGAUAAGUCCAAAUUCAUGUCCGUGGUGAAGAAUUUUUUCUGGGACGAUCCUUACUUGUUCAAGUAUUGUCCCGAUCAGAUCAUUAGGAGAUGCAUUCCCGAGCCUGAGGCGUACUGGACAGCUUUCAAGACACCGAUUGGCAUGUCACCUUACCGUAUAGUGUACGGGAAAGCAUGCCAUCUGCCUGUGGAGUUGGAGCACAGAGCCUACUGGGCCAUUAAGCAGCUGAAUUUUGAUCUCACAAAGGCUGGCUCACAGAGGAAGCUCUAACUCAAUGAAUUGGAAGAGCUGAGGAACGAUGCUUAUGAUUGUGCUAGGAUGUACAAAGCACGGAUGAAGAAGGUUCACGACCAGAACAUAUUGAGGCGAUUUUUUGAGCCCGGCCAGAAAGUCCUUUACAAUUUACGUCUGCAUCUGUUUCCAGGGAAGCUCAGAUCU